CCUGUUGACGAUCGCAGUUCCUUGCCGAGUAUAGAAGUGGUAGACAAUUGCAACAUGGAGGCACACAACAGGCUAGUGGACAAUAUGCGAGCACUGGACUUCUCAACCUUCGUGAAAAAGACACCGACGGAAGAAUCCACAGAGUUGCCGGUCCUAGAUCUUUCGUAUAAGAAACAGAGUCCGCCGACGUCACAAGCAUCGAGCACGAGAACCAAUUUGACGACGACAAGCGACGAACAACAGACGACCCAGUUCAGCGAUCUCGAGCGGAAGAGCCCUUUCGAAGGACGAACGUUCAUGGUGACACCGCCGUACGAAACGGAUUCACCGACGAAAAGGAAGCUUGAGCCGAUUUACAAUUACUCGAACGUCACGAGCAACAUGAUCGAGCAACAGGCAGGUUUAUCAAUGUUGCCGACGAAUCUGCAGAUGUCGAUGGUCUCGACCAUGCCAAUGUUGUACCCGCCAAACAGCGAAACAAUUUCGCCAGUUUCGUUAAUCAGCAGUUCCAUCGCGUCAGCGACUUCUACGACACCUGGCAAAGAAACGACGAGCACGGAAAUUAACAAGAAGACACCUAGGCCUUUCAAAGCGUACCCUAAGGACCCACUGUCUCUCAGCAUGAACUCGCCUGAGUUAUUGUACGAUCAGAAUUCGGGUGAAGCUUACACGGAGUUUAGGAAGCGGAUGCUUGAGUCGGUGAAGCGAUCGAACGAAGGAAGCAACAUCAAGAUGCGUCGCACGACCAAAAGUCCUGGAUUACCAACCAGCACCGUUGACGAGAAGGAUGCAGCGUACUGGGAGAGGAGGAGGAAGAACAAUGAGGCUGCGAAACGAUCCAGGGACGCUAGAAGGGCGAAAGAAGAUGAAAUAGCCAUCAGGGCUGCCUUCCUAGAACAGGAAAACCUGAAGCUGAAGUAUGAAUUAAUUGCUCUGAGGAACGAAACGGCGAAACUCAGGUGUUUGGUUUAUUCGACGUAAUUUUGUUAAAAGUUCGGUUAUUUUGUUGUUGAUAUAUAUUCGAGGUCACGGACACUUAAGCAAGGACACCACCUAUAGAUAUUUUAAAUAUAAGUAAACAGUAAGAACUUUUUUGUUAAUAAUAAUUAACACAUUAAGUGCACAAGUCCGUUUUGCUUGCCAUUCCGUUCAGGCCCACUGUUUUGUAUUAUAUUUCUUUUCUUAGAACACUGACUGAACAAAUACCGAUGUCCCUUAAGCGAAAACUUCUGAUUUUUACUGGGUGUACAACUGUGAUCUUCUCAUUUAUUUUUAUAUUUUUUCUAAGCCAAAACGCUUCAAGAAAAUUAGGAAAGGAAAAAAUUGAUUCUUUUUAUACAUCUAGGUGAUGUUCUUACUGUUCAAGCUUGUUUUUAUUUCUUUAAAUUAUUUUGGAGAUUCCAGUUACAUGACAGAAGUUAUUUGAUGUUGUUUGAUUAUUCUUGCUAUAAAAAUCCAGGAUAUUUAGAUCUUUGGAUUCAUAAGGAUGUAAUAUAUUAUGUAAGAAAUAUACACACGCGCAGUAGGUUAUUUAAUGUUAGCUUUACCAAAGUAUAAAGUUUAAGAAUUAAUUUGUGCCAAUGUUCUGACAACUGUAAGACUGAACGUAUUUAGGAAAUAAUAGUAUAAGCAAAUGAAAGCAGUCAAAUUUAUUUAAAGAAUCAUAUAUAUUAAAUCAAAUUAUCUAAGAACAGAAUGUAUAUAAACAAACUUGCGAUAGUAGUUACCUAAUGUGUGCAAAUUCUUUGAACUGCAUUGUAAAUAUAAAUAUUAUUAUGAUAUGUAAGAUAUAUUUAUAAUAAAACAAAUGCU